GAUACACAAGGGGUUGGUCACUCGGCACAUUGUGCCCGGCACACAUGCCGGCACAUCUCGGCACACAUGCCGGCACAAUCCGGCACACAUGGGCACAACAUAGAAAUCCAACUUUGCGGUAUGGAAUCAAACUGUCAUUAUACUUACGAUUGCAAAAAAUCCCUUCAUAAAGAUUCUAGACAAGUGUUCUGGGUGGAAUUUUGUCGGUAAACACCGACUAGACCAAUAACAUUCGCCAAAAAUAGACAGGAUUAUAAUUAGCGCAAAAACAUUCUAAGAAAAUAUUCCACUGGGCACAUUCGGCACACCUCCGGCACGUUCGGCACACUUCGGCACACACUGAAAAACAACCGGCACAGUUUAGGCACAUAUUGGCACACGCUCAAAAAUCACGGCACAAAUGAAGUGUGCUGAAUGACCAACCCCUUGGGGAUACAUGAAAAAUACUAAAUGGUGAAAAGUCUUAUUCUUUUGAUUUGUAGUAAAGCGAGGUUGAAACUUAACAUUUUAUUCAAUGAAAACAGAUAACCGUGUACAAAGCUCUACGCACCCGUCGAAGGCAAUGUAUGUAACGCUAGCAGAAGCUCAAAAAAAAAAUACUCGAUGACUUUGACUCCGACAAACGAGAAGUGGGCCAAAGAAAAAAAGCGCGAGAUCUUGGAGGGUUGUAGAGUUGGAUCUAGCUCGAGAGCACCGAAAAAACGUGAAGGAGGAAAAGAGAGAGAAUGAGGCUGCUUCAAGACUUUUAGAAUGAUUGGAAAAAAAGAUGCGCAGGUAGUUUGUUGGAGUAGGAUGAGGGUAGGAAAAUGGUGUGUAGAGCGGAACGGAGAAAUAUUCGGGACGACUAAAAACGCGGGAAAACGAGGCGAGCUGAAGCAAUCACGGCUCUUGCAUGAAAAGUGGACUCAUUCAGUGUUUCAUGUUCGACGCGGUAGCAUCGAAAAAUAAAGUUUUGAGUUUUAUUGAAAUUAAUCAAAAUGGAUUCCAGGCGGUACGACAUUGGCGUAGCUAACGCUCCCAACAAGAAGAAGAAGAGCUCGAAGUUGGAUGCAGCGAUAAGACAAUUGUCCGAAGCCAACUCCAGCAAUGCCCUUCUUGCGGAAGAACUGGAAAAGGCACAAGAGACAAUCCGUUCCUUGCAAACAAGCCUAUCGUCUGCUAGAAGCGAAUGUGGAGAAGUCAACAGUGCGGAAUUUGAAAACGAGCUAGGACCCUCCAGUACCCGACGAAUCGCGCAGCGUCGGAAUGAGUCGACGGUCGAACUAUCUCGGUUUGUGUCGUCGAUGAACCAGAUGUCAGUGUCGUCAAUAAGCGUACCAGAAUGUAAGCCGAGUAUGGAGGGUGAAGAUAUAUCCAGGCUUGACUUCGACGCGUGGCAAGAUCUCUUGAAGAACUCGUUGGCGUUGGCAGGAAUUACCGACGAGGCGACACAAUUCACAGUAUUCAAGGUCAAGGCGGGUCAGAAGCUUCUUGAAGUGUUCAGGGCAACUGAAUCUUCCAGCGAAGCCCCGGAUUUGGAAAUGCACCCGUUCUCCAACGCAAUGUUCCGCCUCAAGACGUACUUCGCAUCCACUUCAGACGUUAUGCUCCAACGCAGGAAGCUUGCGCUUAUGACGCAGCAAUCCAAUGAAUCAGAUCUGGCCUUUAUCAGAAGAGUCGGCAUAGCAGCCCGGCAGUGUGAGUACCCAGAAGGAAAACAAUUCGAAGAAGUUUUGAGCACGGUGGCCGAGCAGGCCAAGCACAAGGAAGUAAGAAUCGCUGCACUGAGAAUGAUGAACCGGAAGGCAGCGAUGGCCGAUCUAGUCGACAAGGUGCGAGAGAUCGAGACUAUACGUUUGAAUGAGGAGUAUGUCGCCAAAAAGCAAGCCGUAGCAGAACCGUCAGCGGCCUCUGUGAAUGCAGUACGGGCUACUGGUGUACCAUCACGAUAUGUUGCCAGUUACACAACUCCAGCCUACGGUAGGACUCCGUACCAGCGAUCUAAUCUUCGCGGUGGAAAUCGAGGCCAACGGGCUCCACGAGGCAUGACAUGGCGGGGUUCAAGCUCUCCUGUUCCAGAACGAUGCACGCGGUGCACAUAGGCGAAACUACCGGGGGUGCCGGGGUUGCCAGGCACCCCCUAGAAUUUUGAAGCAUUGCUGUGAGAUAUGGGGCGAUGAAUGAGGCAUGGAUGAACUAAUGAAUAUUUGUUCCUAGUGCACCCCCUGGCAAAAAUUUGUAGUUUCGCCAAUGGCGGUGCAACAGCAUUUAUCACUCGGCAGAAAGAUGUUUUGCUAUUAAGAUGACGUGCCAUAAUUGCGGUGGCGUAGGUCAUCUUUUGCGAGCCUGCACUUUGCCAGUAGCAGCAAGGAACCGGCAACUGCUCGGUGACCGGAAGAUUGAGGAACAGGCGUUGACAGUAGAGGUGGUUGGAACCAAGCCAGAGACGAAGCUCGACGACGAGAAUGCUGAGAAAUCUGUAAGUGAAAAUUGAGGUUUAAAAAUAAUCAUCAAUGGGCAAGUGAGAUAUGGUUUUUCUUUCUUUUUUUGUUAACUUGAACUUGAAAUAAUAAACUAAAUGAAUUCGUUACGAAGAGCAUAUUCCAAAUAAUGAAUGUUCUGCCAAUUAUAUCACAAUGCCAUUACUGCUUCUUAUCUCAGCCCAUUAUGAUGCUAAUUUCUAGUAAUUGCAAAACUAAACUAUUUGCUUCGGCAGGAUUCCGAACGGGACGUUUCUACUAUUGCUGAAGUUCACGAGCCGGUUGACAGUGGAAUUAUAAAGGCUAUGGUAGCAGGAAUGCCUUGCGAAUUCCUGAUCGAUUCAGGAGCACAGGUAAACACUGUAACACAGCAGAUGUUCGAAAAGUUGAUCGCAAAUGAAGAGUACUGCAAAGGAUUACACAACAUUCAACCAGGCAGUGAUCGGCCAUUGAAAGCGUACGCUACAUCAGACGGUAUACAGGUGUUAUGUACAUUCGAGGCCUUGCUACAGAUCUCGGAUGACCGUCCAGUAUUGUUGGAAAAAUUUUAUGUCGUCAGAGAAAUGCGUGCAUUACUGAGCAGGUCCACAUCAACCAGAUACAGCAUCCUGCUCCUCGGCUUGAAGGUUCCUCUUAUUGAUUGUAAUCUCGGAAAGGUCGACAAGUGCAACUGGCAGAAAAUUGCGUUCAUAACGACGUCAGAGCCAUUCCCGAAGUUCAACAUUCCGGCCGCAAAAAUCAGCUACCGUCUUACCCCGCUCGUUCGACACGUUUUAAUUCGACACUUUUUAAUUCGUACCCCGCUUAUUCGACACAUGUCGAAUUAAAAAGUGUUGGAAUGUCACAGGGAUGUACACUGUAAAUGCAAAACAAUUUAAUAUUGCACUUAUACUCGCACCCGCAGCAGCUCCUCUUGCAGACGCUAAUUCCGGAAGUUCAGUUUUGAUGCUAUUUGACGCUCAAACCGCCUGAAGAUCAACCGGAAUCGACUGAGGAUGGCAACAACCGUAAAAAGAACGAGCUUUUCAAUCGCACCACCGCAAUAUCUGUUGAAAUCAUGUUUCAUAACAAAUCCGGAAAUCAAAACAAAAACAAAAAUAGAGUUGCCAAAUUUCAAUGAGCAACGUGGUGUAGGGUGACCAGUUUGUCGAAUUAAAAGUUUACCCCGGUUAUUCGACAACAGUCGGUGUCGUAUUAGCGGGGUAA